AUGAUUUUUACACUGUAUCCUAAUAAGGUCGAUCACCCCCAGCACCCGCGACCCGUUACGAACGACCCCUAUGAGCACACCCCCGGCGCUGGCGUGCUGCCCGCCGGCCUGGCUGAGGUGGCAGACCGCCUGGAGGGCGCGUCCAAGGAGGACAUCGUCGCCGAGGCGCUGCGCAUGACGCCGCACAGCCCCCACAUCGACACCACGAUUGGAAACCUCAUGGUGAUGCGCGCCCUGAGGCGGGCGGAGAAGCGGUCAGGGCGAAACCUGUCUGAUUACCAGCAGCAGGCGCUCUGA